AGUAAUUAAGUGCCCCAUCGCCCCCACGCACUCCCAAGUCUCAACAUACAGGCACAAUAAUUGAGCCAUUUUGGGUCCAUAGAUACAUACUUUUAGCAGACACAUACCCAUUAGGUCACUUGAACGCCCAGAAGAAGAUGAAAGCAGCCAAUGCAUUGGGAGCUAAGACUGCAAGAGCUUGCGAUAGCUGCCUUCGCCGGCGAGCUCGCUGGUUUUGCGCAGCCGAUGACGCUUUCUUAUGCCACGGCUGUGACAAUCUGGUUCACUCCGCCAAUCAGUUAGCCAGCAGACAUGAAAGGGUUCGUCUUCAAACUGCAUCGUCCUCCAAGAAGGCUACAUCGCAAGUAUGGUAUAGUGGAUUCACGCGCAAGGCAAGAACCCCGCGUCAUAAUAGCAAGCAGUUAUCAUCGGCUCAGCAAAAAUCCAAGCAUGAACAGGAGGAGGAGGAGGAAGAGGAAGCGAUUUUUAAUAGUACUCUUCCCGUCGUGCCGGAGCUUGGAAGCGAAGAAGGUGGGCUGGAGGAGAGUGAGGAGCAGUUGCUUUGCCGGGUUCCGGAGUUUGAUCCGUUUGAAGAUGAGCUUUGCAAUAUUUACAGUGAAGUUGGGGAUGAGAGGUUGGACGUUGUGAUGAAGAAAGAUGAUGUGAAUGGUGGGGAUGAUGAAGGAACAUGUGACUUGGACAAUUUCUCGGAAUUUCUUGCCUCGGAUAUGGAUCUUGCAGACUUUGCUGCUGAUGUUGAAAGCCUACUGGAAAGUGGGCUUGAUGAAUCUGCAGGAGCAGAACUAUUGGACUGUAAACAAGAAGAAAUGAUGGAAGCAGUGGAGGGUACUGUGGGGUCAUCAUCGGACAAAAAAAAUACUAUGGUAAAGAUUAAGGAUGAACAAGUAGUGGAAGCUAACAUGGUUGUAGGCAUGACAAGUAAGGCCUUAAAUUGGAACGCAACACAGACAAUUCAUCAGGGAUCAUCAUCACCAGAAGAGGAAAAGACGGAGGAGACGAAGACAAAGAUAUUUUUGAGGCUAAACUACGAGGAUGUCAUUAGUGCUUGGGCAAGUCAAGGUUGUCCGUGGACAACAGGAAACCCACCUCAGUUCAACUCUACUGACUGCUGGCUACACUGCUUGGGUUCGAGCGGAGAUGUUCAUCAGUGCUGUUAUGGGGAAUUUGGGAGCUUAAGGGGCCAUGUAGAUGGAGGAAGAGAAGCAAGAGUAUCGAGGUACAGAGAGAAGAGGAGAACACGUUUAUUUGCGAAGAAGAUAAGGUACGAAGUGAGGAAACUGAACGCAGAAAAAAGACCAAGAAUGAAGGGUCGAUUUGUAAAGAGGACGUCCUUCGUUGGAACCACUGCUUUGCCUACUGCUUCUCACUGACAUGAACCACUUCAAAUCCAAGUUUCUUUUUAUGGCAAAUCUGGAUGGUUCAGCUAUAUAUAUAUAUACAUGCGUAACCCUGUAUAAUAAUAAUAACAACAUCACUAAGGUUUCUUUAAUUGUAUGCCGGAUAUGUAUAUGUGUACCGACUGUCUAUAUAUAUAGCAGGAGUCGUUAGUAGUACUAAUUAACGAAGAGUUGGGCAUAAUCAAAUUUAGGAAGGGUACGGUUUUGUUGAUGGAAGUGUUCUGAAACUUAAUUAUGUUCAUCAGUGUGCAGAGGUCUGUUAUUUCCUAAUUUUAUAUUUCUUGACAAUUAAUGAUGUUUGAUGUAUAUCAGGUUGUUCAA